AUGUCAUCGUUGUCUGCCUUCUUGACCAAGGAGCGCCAGCAGAGCCCGCCGACGCUGCCGACGGAGCUCCUCGAGAACGUCCUCUUCUACGGCGGGAAGGAACGGCGCCGCUCGUACGAGUACCUUCGGUCGCUCCUGGAGCCAAGCCUGAGCUUUGACGAGUGCCAGCGCCACUACGGCGAGUCGGCCGAAGCGCAGCGCGCCCGCGUCUUCCGCGUCUACCGCCAUGUCGAAGAGACGAUUCUGGACAAGCAGCUUUCUGUCGACGAAGCCAAGCUGCUUCGAUCGCUGGCGCAGGACAUGACGGGCCUCGCGUCGCCGACGCUGCUCCACGAAGCCAUGUUUCUGCCCAACAUCGCGAGCCUCUUUAGCAACGCGCAGCAAGCGCAGUGGGCAGAGGCCAUCGCGUCGUACACGUGGCUCGGCUGCUACAUCCAGACCGAGCUUGGACACGGCUCCAACCUGCGCGCGCUCGAGACGACUGCGACGUUCCGAGAGGACAUCGAUAUGCUGGAAAUUCACUCGCCGACGCUCACGUCCAUCAAGUACUGGCCGGGCGGCCUCGCCAACACGGCCAACAUUGGUGUCGUGUACGCGCGCCUGCUCGUGCGCGGGAAAGACCAUGGCGUGCUUCCGUUCCUCGUGCAGCUCCGCGACUUUGCGACGCACGCGCCACUGCCCGGUGUGACGCUCGGCGGCAUUGGCAGCAAGUUUGGCUUCAACACGGUCGACAACGGCUUUGUCCAAUUCGACAAGGUCUUGAUUCCGCGCACGCACAUGGCCAUGAAGUUUCAAACGCUGAGCAAGGACGGCGUCUACUCUCGUGUGUCUGGCGCCAAGCCGGAGCUCUCGUACAUCACGAUGCUCCAGAUGCGCUACAACAUGAUCAUUGGCAGCGGCAGACAGCUCUCAAAAGCGGCGACCAUCGCCGUGCGCUACAGCGCGGUGCGCGCGCAGGGUGCCAAUGCGACCAAGCGCUGCGAAGAGAUGCAAGUGCUCGACUACCAGUCGCAGCAGCACCGUCUCUUGCCCCGCUUGGCCGAAGCGUACGCGAUCAUUAUCGCAAGCAACCGCCUCUUGAGCUUCUCGCACUCGGCGACCGAGAUGGUUGCCAAAGGCCGCACCGACGCCGGUGUCCUCGCCCUGGCCCAUGCCACGGGCUGCGCCGUCAAAGUAUUUGCGUCCGAGCUCUCGACGCGCGGUAUCGAGUUCUGCCGCCGGGGUUGUGGCGGCCACGGGUAUCUCCAAACGAGCGGGCUCCCGGAGCUUGUCGCGUACAAUGCGCAGUUUGUGACCGCCGAGGGCGAAAACUAUGUCAUUUCGCAGCAGACGACCAAGACGCUCCUCAAGAUGCUUGCCGUGCAUCGCAGCGGAAUGACACCGGCCCUUCCGCCCCAGCUGCAGUUUUUCGCACGCAUUGAUGCGACGCCACCGCAAGCUACGGACGCUGCGCCGGCCGAUUUGGUCGCGCUCUUUGAGCGUCGCUUGCUCUCGGUGCUGGCCACGAUGGAGACGACGGCGGCCGCGUACCCGUCGCUCGAAGAAGCGAUCCAAGCCAACUUGAUUGCGUCGCACCACCUGUCCAUGUGCUUUGGCAAGUACGUGCUCGUGCGCGAGUUUGCCGCGCAGCUCCGCGAUGCUGCGCUGUCGCCGCCGACGCUGGCGAUUCUGAACGAUAUAUUUGCGCUCUUUUGCGUCUCGCAAGUGCUCGAAGACUUGAGCGACUUUUUGGUGCACGGCUGCCUGCCCCUUCCGUCGGCCGCAGCCUUCGAUGCCCACCAAGUGCGUCUCCUCUCGGCGAUCCGACCCCACGCCGUGGGCCUCGUCGAUGCGUUUGGGUUCUCAGAUCUGAGCCUCAACUCGAACCUCGGGCGCUACGACGGCAACGUGUACGAGUCGCUCAUGGCCGCGAGCCGCGCGUUCCCCAACGACUCGACCGUGUCACUCUCGGCCUAUUUGGCGCCGCUCCGCGCCAAAGUCCAGCGCGCCAAGCUCUAAGCAUGCAGCCAGCCAUUUGAUAGUAGCAAGUUUGUAAUCCAAUGCAAAUGCUAGACUUCUUGAGGUG